CAGCAGCCACUGUGUACUGGGACCCUGAUCACAAGCUUGUCAAGUUAAAGGAGGGGGUGAUGGAGGUCGAGGGGGAUGCUUACGGGUUCCUGAAUAACACCCUAUCCAGUACAGGCUGGAGCGUCCUGGAGAUCCGAGCAGGGUAUGGAAAAACUCCUGAAACGGAUGAGAUCACUUUCUUCCUGGCUGGCUACCUCGAAGGUUUCCUGACUGCCCAGCAGAUGAUGGACCACUACACCAACAUGUACCCGCAGCUGAUCACCGAACCAAAGAUGCUCGACCCAGUUCAGAAAUUUAUGGAGAAGCAGGACUCAUGGGUCAGACAGCAGGUGAAAGGGAACAAGAGCUCCGAUCCUCUGUGGAAACACGCCGGCUUCAUCAUGGCUCAGCUGGACGGAUUGCAGGCAGGAGUGGCAGCGUGGGCCAAGAAGCAAGGGAAGAAGGUAGGAUAACCAUGUGACCAAAAACAAGAACAGUGAA